AUGAGGCGCAUGCGCGUUGCUGAGGGGCGCUGGAGCUCUGCCGGUGUGGCGCGGCGGGGCCGGGCGGGGGUCGGCGGUGGCGCAGAGGGCUUACGUGGCCAAGGCGGCCGCCAGGAGGGUUGGCGAGGCCAGUCGCAGGGCUCGCUGCAGCAGCUGGCGGAGCGGUACGCGGACCUGGCAGCUAGCUACAGCGAGGCGCUCUGGCAGCGGGCGGAGCAAGAGACGGAGAACGCGCGGCUCCGGCAGGAUAACGCGCGGCUGCGCCUGGAGAACCGCCGCUUGCGCCGCGAGAACCGCAGCCUUUUCCGACAGACCCUGGCGGGCCCCGACACUGCCGACAACCGCGCGGCCAUACAAGGGGAGGUGGAGGCCCUGCGCGCCCAGCUGGAGAAGUUGCAGGAGAGGCACACCCGGGCUUUGCAGGAGCUGCGGCGCUGCCAGACCCCUUGCUGGUCGAAGGCCUCGGGAUUCGACGACCGCAAGCUGGGUGAGCUGCUGGAGAAGGAACAGGCGCCGUGUCCCCCCCAGCAGCCGCUAGAGAAGAAGGGCCAGCUCUUGUAG